GCAGUCCUAGUCCGAGUUAGUGGAAUCCCAGGAUCGGGUACAGUACUGCAGCCUGCUUUGCUCGAUUGUAUAGACAGAGAGAGAGAGAGAAGAGUAAGAAACAGCUUGGGGUCAAUCGACUCUUCCCCCCAUGUUCGCAUUUAUUUAUUACCUUCAGUGCCCGCACCUCCAAGAUAUUCUUUUCUUCCCCUCUCCCUCAUCCUCACCUUAUCCUUUCAACGUUCUCUCAUAUAUACCUUGUGAUUUGCAGGGUAUAUUAUCUGAACUUGGGUCUGCUGCUUUACUGCUUCAGACUUGUGCUCCGUUGAGCCUCAUCCAGGACCCCUCCUAGCCUACUCUACAGUCGCGCCUCACCUUACUGGUGAUAUCUCCAAAGAUGGCUUCUGACGAGGAGAAGAACUCCGGCAAGUUCGAAAAUAAUGGCUCUGCCACCGACAAGUAUCUUGCCGACAAUGGCGACAUUACCACUGGCCACACAACCGACAACGCCGAUGGUCUGCACCGUCUUCUCAACAACAGACAGAUCCAGCUUGUUGCCAUUGGUGGUUCCAUUGGUACCGCUCUCUUCGUGAGUAUCGGUGGUGGUCUCGCCAAGGGUGGUCCUCUUGGUCUGUUUCUCGCCUACACAAUCUACUCUGGUAUUCUCGCAUGUGUGAACAAUGGUAUCGCCGAAAUGACUACUUAUAUGCCUGUUUCUGGUGGUUUCAUCCGUCUCGCCGGUCAUUGGUGUGAUGAUGCGCUUGGCUUUAUGGCUGGUUGGAACUUCUUCCUUUACGAAGGUCUUCUCAUUCCAUUCGAAAUCACCGCUAUCAACCUUGUCCUAUCUUACUGGAGUCCCGAGAUCACAGAGCCCGGUCCUACGGCUGGCAUCUGUAUUGGUGUUAUUAUACUAUAUGCUCUCCUCAACGUCUUGGCUGUCAAGGCUUACGGUGAAGCUGAAUUCUGGCUGUCGGGCGGCAAGGUUAUCCUCAUCCUGAUGCUUUUCAGCUUCACUUUCGUUACAAUGGUUGGCGGCAAUCCCCAGAAGGAUGCCUACGGUUUCCGUUACUGGUCCAACCCCGGUCCUUUCUCUGAAGUCUAUGGUACCGAUUCUCUUGGUCGUUUUGAGGGUUUCCUCGGCGCCCUCUGGAGUGCUGGUUUCACUGUCGUCGGUCCCGAAUACAUUUCAAUGGUGGCUGCCGAGGCCAAGCGACCCAGUGUCUACAUCAAGGCUGCUUUCAAGACCGUUUACUACCGAUUCUGCUUCUUCUUCAUUAUGGGCUCCCUUGCCGUUGGUAUUGUUGUCCCCUACAACUACCCCCAGCUCGUGUCCAUCUUUGUCGACGGCACAGAGGACAGCGGUACUGCUGCUGCGUCGCCUUACGUCAUGGCUAUGGACAUCCUCAAGGUCGACGUCCUUCCUCACAUUGUCAACGCCCUCCUCCUUACCUCGAUCUUCUCGGCCGGUAACACGUACACUUACUGUGCCACUCGAUCGCUCUACGGCCUCGCUCUUGAGGGUCGUGCCCCCAAGAUCCUCCGAAAGACAACCGCUUCUGGUGUCCCUAUCUACUGUUUCUGUGUGGUUAUGCUGUUCCCCAUGCUUUCAUUCCUCCAGUGUGGUAGCGGCUCCGCCAAGGUUCUCAACUGGCUGAUUGCUCUUAUGACUGCUGGUGGUCUUAUCAACUAUCUCGUCAUGGGAAUUACCUUCCUCAACUACUACCGAGCUUGCCAGGCUCAGGGUGUCGACCGACGACAGAUGCCUUACUACGGUCACUUCCAGCCUUACUGCGCUUACAUUGGUCUCGCAUUCCAGUUUUGCGUUGUCAUGUGCUACGGCUACAAAUCAUUCCAACCCUGGGACACAGAGCUGUUCUUCCAAAACUACACUAUGCAAUUCGUUGCGCCCAUUCUCUUCGUCUUCUGGAAGGUUUACAAGAAGACUCGCUGGCUCAAGCCUCAUGAGGUUGAUCUCACCUGGGAACGUCCUGUCGUUGAGGCUUACGAGAACUCCAUCACAACCCCUCCUCAGGGUUUCUGGACGGAAAUGGGCCAGCUUGUCGGUAUUAAGAAGAAGGUGUACUCGGACGAGUAAAGUGCAUCUGUGGUCUUUGGUUGAAAUGUGGCAGUUGUAAAAUUUUCAUGAAUUCAUAGAACAUGCGAUUUGUUUACACAUACUGAGUAGUUUGCUACUAAAAUUAUACCCAAUAGCUAUGUUCAUUUUAGUUAACCAUUUGCGUCGUU